ACGUUUUCCAAGCAUGCGAGAUUUAAUGUGAUCACAGUAACAUGACGUAUUUCUUAAAUGAAUCGGGUGUCUGUCACUAUGGCGGCAAAAUAAAGCAAACUUGUCAUUUGUCAAACAUCAAAAUAUAUUUGUGUUACUGUGUUUUCAUACGUGCUCAGAUAUAUAAAGCUUUUGAUUUUCAGAAAGACGUUAGAAAAUGGGAUUUUUUAUCAAAUAAUGUCGUUACGAAAAAGUAAGAGCAAAGAAGAUACAUGGACAGAGAAAGAUUUGGCCGAUGCAAUACAGGGGAAUACAGCAAAGCAAACAAAAGAUUCUGGAAAAGACUCGCAUUUGCAGAGAAAGAAGGAUUCAAAACACAAGGGGACUGAUGAUAUGGAUGGUAGACAUGAAAAAUCAGAGAGAUAUAAAGGCAAAGAUUUAACAGAGAUCAAUGGUACGAGUGGAAGUCUGAGAACAAGGGAGAGAAAAAACAGGAAACAGCCAGAUGAUGGUGAUGGGAGUCAGGAAAGAUUUAAGAAAAAAAUGGAAAAGAGGGAGAAAGAAGAUAUUGGAUAUCAUGAUGAAAGAUUUCAAGAGAAAAAUAGGAAACAUGAAAAGUAUUCUAAAGAAACAAGUGGCCAAAAGGAGAGGAGGCUUAGGGAUGAUGACGAACAUAAUGUUGAAAAUUUUGAUAGACAAAGAUUUAAAGAGAAACCACAUAAAAGUGAAGAAGAUCAACAUUCAAGGAAAAGAGAAAAAGAUAAAAAAAAAGAAAGUGGACAAAAACUUGAUGGUGACAAGAAACAUAGAGAUGAAAGAAAGCAUGGUGAUGAAAAGAGGUAUGAAAGUGAAAAAAUUCAUGGAGAUGAAAGUAGGCAUUAUAGUGAAAAGAGGCGUGUUGGUGAGCAUAGUCAUGAUAGAGAAAGGAGGCGUGAUAGUGAAAGGAAUCAUGGAAGUGAUAGGAGGAAGGAUGGUGAAAGAAGACACGAUGGUGAAAGAAGACACGAUGGUGAGAGGAGACAUGAUAGUGAAAGGAGACAUGAUGGUGGAAGAAGGCAUAAUGGUGAAAGGAGACAUGAUGGUGAUAGGAGGUAUAAUGUUGAAGAAAGUAAAGAUAAGAAAGUACUCCAGAAAAAAGGACAAAAGGAAGACAGAAGAGAAAGGAAAAGUUCUAGAGAUGAAGGAAAGGCUACAGUUUCAGAAGAUAUCAAUGAACGACCAUUUGAUGGAGAAGCCAAAGAAAGGAGAAAAAUGGAAUCACACCAUGACAAAGAUAAACGUGAAAAAGAUGACAGUGGAACCGAACAAAGACUGCGAGACAGACACGAUAGUUAUAAAGAAAAAAGAAAAGAUCCCCGUAUCAAUAAAGGUAGCCUAUACGGAAAUGACAUUCGAAGACGAGAGAAGGAUGAAAGAGUUAAAGACAAAAGUGGACAUCGAAGAGAUAUUGAUACAUGGCACGAUCGAAGUGAAGGAAAUGGAAAACACAGAAGUAGAGUGGAUGAAGAGGAACGGGAAAAGGGGAAAAGGAAAAUUUUUGAGGAUGGUAGAGGAAGACAGGAUGAACAUGAAUUCAAUGAAAAUAAAAAAGAAAGACGACGGGAUAAAGAUGAAAAGCAUAAAGAAAAACAAAAAAUUGAUUAUAAUGAACGCGAGAAAACUGAUAAAGACCACAAUCUUGGAUAUAAUGAAGGUGGUAGAAAAAGAAGAGAAAAAAAUGAUGGUGAUUAUGAUCCAGCAAAACAGAAAGAUACAAGAAGUAGGAAUCGUCUUGAAAGUUUGAAAGAUGAUAAAAAAGAAAGAAAAUCAAGCGUGCAAGAUCAGAUUAACAACGACACUUUAGCAAACAAAAAUGCGACUGAAGUUGAUGAAGACAUUCAAAAUGAAGACAGUAAUGAAAAUUAUGAGGAUGACUUUGAGGAUUAUGAAGAUGAUUUUGAAGAUGAUGAUGAAGAUGCUGACAUUGAUGAUGAUCAAAGCGAACACAAGGAGGAUAAAGGAAAACUUUUCGAGAUUUUUGAAGCUAUCAAUGCUGAAAACAACGACAUAAGAUCUGUACGAAAAAAAGAUGUUGAGAUAAUCGAAAAAUCAAAAAAUAAUAAUAAUGGUGAACCACACGGCAGAAUAAAUUUUUUUGCUGCAAAACAAAAACACGCGACAGAUAUUAUUGUAUCUAAGACGAAGAAACGAGCAAAAGAAUUAUUGCACCUCAUUGAACUUGAUGUGGCUUCAUUUGAUAUAUUUGAUCUCCCACCUCUAAAUGAAUAUGAACUAUAUAUAAAAAGUUAUGGUCAGUCUGAUUGUAAACAGGCAUACGUACAAUGUCGUGAAGAUGUAAUUGAGAAGGAACUGCAGACUGACUUUAUUGAGACCCGCACAAAAUGGACGCAAUAUCCACCCGAUGAUUUCAAGGGAUCGGGAGACGAUGAUGAAAAUCCGAAAGAACAUAAUCUUCAAGAGCAGGAUUUUACAUCUCUUUCUUUUGACAGUAUUCGUCUGACAAACUUUUUACAACAAGCCGGACAGGUAUGUCUGAUUCUGUUGGAAGAAAAAGUCUCUGCCAGAAAAGAUGUGAUGUUCAAAGAAAAAAACGAUUUGAAUAUCAGCGAUGGAUUUAUUCAACUUGCAAGGAAACUUUCUUUUCUUGAAGGACGUCGUAUUCUUGACAUGAAGUUUAAUUCUGUACAAACACAUUUGUUGCUGACUGCGCAUGACGAUGGUGAGAACAGCACUGAAGAAGACUGUUUUGCAAGAAGCGGAAUAGUUUGCUACUGGAACGUCAAUGAACCAAGUCGACCUCAAAAAAUCUUACUUUGCGAAUCUUGGCCAAACGCUUGUUGUUUCAGUCCUUUGAAGUCGUCACUUGUUUUCGCUGGCUUAGAUGAUGGAUCUGUGGUGGUUUGGGAUGUUCGUGAAUCGUCAUCUCUUCAUAAGAAAAUAAAAAUCAAAGAUCAUCAUUGGAUAGUACGUAGACCUACGUUUUCCACAGCCGGGGUUUUGUUCAAUGAAAACCAUCUGAGUCCCGUGAUUUGUAUUUUACCAAUAACACGACGCAUGGACAGUCUCCAAGCUUUGCCGGAAUCCUCUUCUCUUCAAGAUGAUUUUGGUGGCAUAGCAUUUCAGGUUGCCUCGAUGGAUGAAAGCGGUACUAUUAACAUCUGGGUUGUGGUUGAAUUUGAUAGACCUGAUGAAGCAGGAUCUGAAAAUGAUUUAGGUCUUAUACCUGGAGGACGAGUAAAAUUGAUUAAGACUACUUCUAUUAUUGUUCCGACACCUCAAAGGGAAAUGUUUUUUGGUCAUCCAAUCCAGGCUUCAGUCGUGCAAUUGUCGAAUUUUGAUACGAACAUUUUUCAUGUUGGCACUGAUAGGGUUUGGGUCGUGAAUUGUUCUCAUAUUGGAAUUUGCUCAUCCAAUAUUUAUGAUUAA